AUGGAUUUCAUGCCGUGGUUCUUGUUGCUGAUGUUAAGUUACGUUCAGGCUAAUCUAGUGAGGGUGGAUCCAUUAGUUCUUAUCAGUAACCAAGGACUAGUGAGGGGUCACAAAGCAGCAGACGGAGAUUAUUCCAUAUUUUUGGGUAUUCCUUACGCCAAAGUGGACGUAAAUAAUCCUUUUAGUACUGCUACAGACCCUAUAGCUUUUCCUGAAAUAAUUCACGAUGCCGUUGACGAAGUGAGGUGCCCUCAAACAUCUUCGUCGGUCGGUGAACAAACACUAAAUUGUCUACGUUUGAACAUUUACGUACCAAGUGCAGCUAGUUCUAGGAACCCUAUGCCUGUCUUAGUUUGGAUUCAUGGAGGAGAUUUUGCGACAGGAAGCGCUUCGGAUUACGGAGUCAAAAAUAUAGUUCGGCAUGGAGUUUUAGUAGUUACAAUGAAUUAUAGAUUGGGGCCAUAUGGAUUUUUGUGUCUUGAUGUUCCAACUGCGUCUGGAAAUCAGGGACUUCGGGAUCAGUACAAAGCUUUAAGCUGGAUUCGAAAUAACAUUGCGUCUUUUGGAGGCAAUCCGUAUAAUGUAACUAUUGCAGGUCAAGAUGCCGGAGCCACAUCUGUGCUGCUACAGCUGUAUUCUGACAACGAAAAACUAUUUCACAAGGUUAUCAUUGAAAGCGGUACACCACAAAGUGAAGGCAUGUUCGUAAACGCAGAUGUUGAGGCAGCCAUUAAAUUAGCUGUUCAUUUAGGAUUGAAUACAACUGAAACUGAAGAAGCUAUACAAUUCCUCACAAAAACAUCACCUGACUUAGUAGUUGCUGCUGCUAAAGAAUUAGAAUUACAAUUGAAGCCUUGUAGAGAGAGAUCGUUUAGCGGAAUCAGCAAUUUUGUUGAAAGUGAUCCCUAUUCUUUGACGAACAAGAAAAAAGUUAGAAACACUCCAAUUAUGAUCGGGAAUACAAAUAAAGAGAAAAAGUCUUUGAGUGCAGAUUACUUUUCAACAGACCCCUUUUAUGAAAAGUUAAAGAGUAACUUUAACCUUGACGAAGCUCAAAUAGAAAAAGCAGCAAAGAACGUAAGGCAUUUUUACAUUGGAGACAGCUCUUUAUCAGCGGAAGUUGCUUCUGAAUUACAAGACUUUGAAUCAGACUUUGUUUACAAUCACCCGUCUCAAAGAACUAUUACACAACUGCUUGACGAAAACGCAGGAAAGAUUUACGAGUAUUUGUUCAGUUAUUCCGGGGAGUUAGAGGAUGGCGCUGAGCAUUCAUCAGAGUUAAACUACUUAUUCGAAACGGCUGGAGGUUCAGAUAGGACGGAAGAGGAGCAAUUAAUGGUCGAUCGAAUAACGACUCUAUGGACUAAUUUCGUUAAAUUCGGGAAUCCCACUCCGAAAUCGACAGAUCUGAUUCCUACGAUCUGGGAGCCUGUCACUGCCGAUACCAGGCCGGUGUUGGUGCUUGACAAGGAUGUACGUUUAGACAGCAGGAUUGAACGCCAAAGGAUGGCGUACUGGGACCUUUUCUUCACAACGUACGGACAAUACAAUUUUAUAGCAAGAGAAACGUGCGUAUUCAAAGACUAUGAUGACUAA